CCCAAUAUGUCGCCUACGAAUCACGGAAGCUGCAGGGCGCGGAAAAAAACUAUACAGUACAUCGUCCACGCGUUCAAGACCUGGCAGUGCUACCUGAUAGGUGCUGACGUCACGGUGCGAACUGACAACAAAUCCUUACAGUACCUGCGAGACCAACCGAAUCUCAACCCGCGACAGAUCCAAUGGCUCGAUUUCCUCGAGUCGAACUUCCACUACACCAUCACCUACAAACGGGGCGCCAACAAUAUUGCCGAUGCCCUGACUCGACCCACUGCCCAUACCGCCGCCAUACUAGUCGCCCGGACCAACCCACUACUUACCGGACUAUUUAACCACGGCUACAAGAUCGUCCCUUUCUUCCGCUCUGCUAUUCGUCAACAGCAUACCACCGCCACCGGACACUAUUUUAAUAAGCGCGAUACUUCCUGCAUCUGGGUGCCUAUCUACGAUUUACUUCGUACCCUUUUAAUACAGCAAUCCCACGACAACCCUACUUUCGGGCAUUUCGGAGUCGACAAAACUACGAAGACGUUGCAGCGCAACUAUUAUUGGCCGAACAUGGCUGGCGACGUGUGCAAGUACGUGUCCUCCUGCACCGCCUGCCAGAUCAUGAAAUCCUCUCAUCAGCGAGCAGCCGGACUACUACAACCGUUGGAUCCGCCCGAGCGACCCUGGCAACACAUCACGAUGGACUACGUGACAGGACUGACAGCCGGUCCCAGCGAAAACGACGCCAUCCUCGUGGUAGUCGACCGACUCACGAAAAUGGCGCACUUCAUCGCUUGCCAACAGACAAUUACAGCCGAGCAAAUUGCUCAACUGUUCAUCGCCAACGUCAUUCGACUGCACGGACUGCCUACCGCAAUCAUUUCAGACCGAGACCCGAAAUUCACAUCGAAUUUCUGGCGCCACCUGUGGGACCAGUUCGACACCAAACUACAGUUUUCCUCCACCUACCACCCACAGACCGACGGGCAAACCGAACGAGUCAACCAAACUAUGGAGCAACUCAUUCGGACUACCUGUACUGACCCACAGACAUGGGAGAAAUCCCUCCCGCUGCUGGAAUUCGCGUAUAAUAAUGCGCCCUCUGCCACAACCCAUCAGUCCCCAUUCUUCCUUAACUACGGGCAGGACCCAGUAGUACCCUCUAUCCCGAACAUCGAGACACCCGUGCACCGGUCCCAGAAAUUUGCUGAAGACAUUCUCGCCGCCCGAGAAAAAGCAGCCGAGGCCAUCAGGAAAGCCAACCUGGUCGCAACCCGACACGCCGAUCGCCAUCGACGUGACGUCACCUACAAAGUGGGAGAUCUCGUUCUCCUCGACACUCGCAAUUUGCGGCUGCCAAUCCUGAGCAAACUACGACCCAGAUACUGUGGGCCUUUUCAAGUGCUUUCCCAUUCCCCUUCUACACUGUCACCAGCAGACCAAGACCAAGAGCAACACACUACUUCCCGCUCAGUGGGAAUACCAAGUCCAGCACUCCACACGCACAGCGCAAUCAAGCCUCCGUGCUUCCCGCUGCUUCCUUGUUCCUUGUCGACUGUUUCAGGCCGUCGGUUCUUCCACCCCGUUCAUUUCUAAGCGUUAUUUCUUAAGUCCUUCCAUUUCUGCUGACGUCAAACCGUCAGUUUUCCAGCUUCGUCAGUUACAGCCAGUCUCCACGCCCCCAGGAAAGCGGCAGCGUAAUGCCUGUUGCCACACCCUGCAUUGCCGCUCGCUCUCCCCGCGGCGCCUGCGACUCAGGCGUAUUUUGAGAAAACCGCAACGCCGGCGACUUGCGACGUCCGCGACGCCUGCGACUCGCGCAUCGCGGCGCAGGAAUUGGCAGGCGUGCUCCCCGCAUCAUCAUGCCUCGCACCACGUGGCCGCCGCCAAGAGCCUCCAUUCGCGUGCUUCUCUUGGUGCUGCCGCUGAUCACACUGCUUCGUCCCACCGCUGCUGUUACAACGCGCUACUCGUCGCUGCGGUGGAGGAUCGCCCCUACCAGUGUGGUUCCGGCCACCACAGGCACAUUCGUUCUCGCUGUGGACACCCUAGACAGCUCGCCCUCCUCUCAGCUCCAGUCCAUCUCCUACACUCUCACAGCAUACUC